GGGCCGUAAAGAAAAUGAAUUUAUUAUAGGACUCGUUACAUAAACGCCGCCGCGCAAUUUCGACAAGCAGCUGAAUUAGGGUUUCCCAUCAUUCAUCCACUGGCGACUUAACAAUGGCGGGGGGUUCUCGAGCUCAACUUAACAAGCCACACAAGACUCGUUUCGCUUCCAAAGCCACUCGCAAUGUUCACAGAACUUCUCUCAAAGAUAAGAAGAUUUCCAAGCCCGACCGGAAUGUCAAUAAAGGAGCCAGGGCUGCUAGACUUCAGCGUAACAAAAUGGUGAGGGAGCAGAAACGCGCUGCUGUGUUGAAGGAGAAGCGUGCUGGUAGUGGUUCCACUAGUCCUCCUCGUGUUGUUGUUCUGUUCGGUCUUUCAGCUUCAGCAAAUCUCGACUCACUUGCCGAGGAUUUUGUGCAUUUGCUAUCGAAUGGUAAAACCGGAACAGACUUGACAGUUUCCUCUUCCGAGUACAAGUUGAGAACAACGGUAUUGAGAGCACCUCAUGGCGAUUUAUUAGCAUGCAUGGAAAUGGCCAAGGUAGCUGAUCUGAUUGCCUUUGUGGCUUCUGCGCACUCUUCCCCUGAAGUAGAAAGUUCUAGUUAUUACAUUGAUUCAUUUGGAGCCCAAUGCCUCUCUGUGUUUAGAGCCCUGGGUCUCCCAAGCACUGUUGUUUUGAUUCGGGGUCUACCUACUGAGCUCAAAAAAAGAAAUGAACUAAAGAAAAUAUGUGCUUCUACCCUUGCUUCUGAGUUUCCCGAGGAUUGCAAGUUUUAUCCGGCAGAUACAAAGGAUGAUUUGCACAAGUUCAUGUGGCUAUUUAAGGAACAAAGACUAUCACCUCCUCACUGGCGCAACCAGCGUCCGUAUCUUAUGGCACAAAAGGUUGAUUGCAUAGCUACGGAUUCUGAUGCCGAGAAAUGCACUCUUCUCCUGACUGGUUAUCUGCGUGCCCGUAGUCUCUCUGUUAAUCAGCUGGUUCAUAUAUCAGGUGCCGGGGAUUAUCAGUUGUGCAAAGUUGACUUUCUUCAGGAUCCAUGUCCUCUAAAUUUGAGAAAAGAGGCAGAUAUUAUGGAUUCUUAUGAAUUGCAUAGUGUUCAGGUUAUUAGCUCCUUGGUCCCUGAUCCUAUGAAACAAGAGCCUUUACUGGUUGAAAAUCUCCCUGACCCACUGGCAGGAGAACAGACAUGGCCAACAGAGGCAGAAAUGGCUGAAGCUGAUAAAAUUCACAUGGAGAGGAAGUUGAAGAAAAGAACUCUUCCUCGAGGAACUUCUGAAUAUCAGGCUGCAUGGAUCAUCGAUGACUCAGAUGUAGACAAUUCAGAUGUCGAUAAUUCAAACAGCGAUGUUGACGCAGAUGAUGAUAUGGUGCUCGAUGAAGGAAAUAAGAGUAUUCAUGGCCAAGAUAUGCUUGAAACUUUUGAUGAUGAUGACAACAAGACUUUUGUUUCACUCAAUGACAGAGAAUCUGAUCAAGAAUCAGAAGUUGAUUCUGUAAUGAUGGAAGGUGAAAUGACAAAGGAGCAAAUAGAGGAAGAGAUUCGUAGAAUUAAGGAAGCUCAUGCUGAAGACGAAGAAUAUCCGGAUGAAGUGGAUACCCCCUUAGAUGUUCCUGCUCGAAAGCGAUUUGCCAAGUACAGGGGUCUGAAGUCUUUCAGGACCUCCUCAUGGGAUCCAAAGGAAUCUUUACCACCAGAAUAUGCUAGGAUUUUCACAUUUGAUAAUUUUACAAGAACUCAAAAACACGUCCUUGCUAAAGCUCUGGAGAAAGAAGACGGUGACAAGGAUGAAUGUAUACCUGCAAGCUCUUAUGUCAGAUUGCACAUUAAAGAAGUUCCAUUCAGCGUUGCUUCCAAAUUGUGUGACCGUUCUAAGGUCUCCCCUGUAAUAGCAUGUGGCCUUCUGCAACAUGAGUCCAAAAUUUCUGUUCUUCAUUUCAGCAUAAAGAAGCAUGAGACUUACAGUGCCCCAAUCAAGGCCAAAGAAGAACUAAUAUUUCAUGUUGGUUUUCGCCAGUUUGUCACCAGGCCCAUCUUUUCUUCCGACAGUAUUAAUUCGGACAAGAGCAAGAUGGAAAGAUUUCUUCAUGCAGGGCGGUUUUCCAUAGCUUCGAUAUAUGCUCCAAUUUCUUUUCCUCCUCUUCCUCUAGUGGUCCUUAAAGGUGGAGACGUGGCUGCUCCUGCUGUGGCUGCUGUUGGUUCAUUGCGAAGUAUUGACCCAGAUCGGAUCAUUCUCAAGAAGAUUAUUCUAACAGGCUAUCCGCAACGGGUUUCUAAAAAGAAAGCCUCAGUUAGAUACAUGUUUCACAAUCCUGAGGAUGUUAGAUGGUUUAAGCCUGUGGAAGUGUGGACUAAAUGUGGUCACCGGGGUCGUAUUAAGGAGCCUGUUGGUACACAUGGAGCAAUGAAGUGUCUAUUGAAUGGGGUCCUGCAGCAGAGUGAUACAGUGUGUAUGAAUUUGUUUAAACGAACAUAUCCCAAGUGGCCACAACAUUGGUUCCCUAUCCAUUGAGCUUUGGUCGGACGAUCGCCAUUGUCAAAUGUGUGGUUACUGAUGGAAUGAAGCUUUGGUUCAGAUAUACUACUCAAGGGUUGUGUUAGUCUCCAACCUCAUAUAUAUAUAUAUAUAUAGCUCCCAGCGUCCAUGGGAGUAGAAAUUUUGGAGCUGCUUGGCAAGAAACAAGAGGAACAGGAAAAAUGAUAGGUUUUCAACUUACUGUUAAAUUAUAACCUUUGUGCGUGUAAUUUUUCAGUUGGUUUUCUUUUCUUUUUUUCCAGAAUCAUUGUUUUUUAGUGUUUGAUUUUUUACUUGAUGAUCUAAUGAAAGAUGCAUUGCACAA